UUCACGCUUACUCAUAUAUCUUUUUACCUAUAAUAAAUAAUUCACCCACUACUCCGCUUUCAUCUUAUUUUAAUAAAUUCAACUCACUCACCUAAAACUAUGUGCCGGUCAAAAUGUAUCUUUUUUUAAAAUACAGAGGGAGUAUAUGUUUAAUGGACAAAAGCCGAUUAAGGAUAAAAUUUGCAGGGAGUUGUUAUGUUUACCUUGAUAGUGACAAUCAAGUCAUUGAGGCCACCUAAAUGUGAUAUUAACUCAACUUGUGUAUCACCAACAACAUUCCAAUACUCCUUUCUAUGUAUAUCUCUUACAUUAGCAUCACUUGGACUUGGAGGAACGCGAUACAUACUUGCAACCAUGGGAGCAGAUCAACUUGAUAAGCCUAAACAUCAACAAAGUUUCUUCAAUUGGUUUGUUUUCUUCUUAUAUGCUGGUUGGAUCAUUGGAUACACUCUACUUAUUUAUAUCCAAACUAAUGUGAGUUGGGUACUAUCAUUCGCCAUUGCUCUUGUUGUGAAUGUAAUUGUUGUUGUCCUCUUCGUACUUGGAUCACGAAUCUAUCGAAAAAUCCCACCUCAAGGAAGCCCUUUCAUUAGCAUUGCUAGGGUUUUUGUUGUUUUCUUCAGAAAUAUGAAAAUCGCCGAACCAGUAAAUGGAAAAGAUUGCUAUCUUUAUCAAAGUGAGGACUCAAAACUCACCUAUGGAGAGCCUACUAAAAGUUUUAGGUUCCUAAACAAAGCAGCAUUGAUUUCACAAGGAGAAAACCGCGUAAAUGGUACAAAUAAAACGAAAUCAUGGAGUGAAUGCACCGUAGAAGAAGUAGAAGACCUAAAGAAGCUAAUCAAAAUAUUGCCAUUAUGGUCAAGUGGCAUCUUACUUAGUGCUACAAUCGGAGUUAUAGCUAGUUUCACGGUGCUUGUGGCAUUAGUUAUGGAUAGACAAGUGGGUUCCGAUUCUCGUUUCAAAAUUCCAGCAGGAACUUUCGGAGUCAUUAGUCUUGUAUUCACGGCUAUCACUUCCUCUACACUGGAUAAAUUCAUCCAGCCUACGUACACAAAACUCACUGGUCGACGUUUGACAUAUUUACAGAGAAUUGGAAUUGGUCAUGUUUGCAACAUUCUUGCCGUCAUAGGUUUUGCUCUUAUUGAAAGAAAACGACACAAGUUAAUCCAAGUCUACCACUUGACGACCCAACAAAAUGCCGUUGCACCAUUAUCGGCCUUUUGGCUCAUAUUUCCAUUAGCCAUUAUAGGUAUCGGAGAAGGGUUUUCUUUAUCCCCGGAGGUGGCAUUGUACUAUCAAGAAUUCCCUAAGUCAUUACGGAGUACAUCAACUGCUAUGGUAUCUUUGCAUAUUGCGAUUGGUUUUUAUAUGAGCUCAACAUUUAUCGAUUUGGUUGGUCGAACGAGUAAUUGGCUACCAAAUGAUAUAAACCUUGGUAGGGUUGAUAAUGCUUGUUGGGUGUUUGCAAUUGUAGCAUCUAUCAACUUUUCUUACUUUCUCCUAUGUGCGGUAUUGUACAAGUAUAACAAUUCUGAUCCGGACUUGGAUGAUGUUAGAUAUGCGUCUAAUUGAGAAUUUCAUUUUUCAAAUCAAUUGUAGAUUGUACUCCAUAACUCCAUUCGGAAUGAGAGUAUGUACAAGGCCAAAAGGUCAUUGAAAUACCCUAAAUUGACGAGAUUCCCCAACAAAUGGCAUUUACUCCCUUCGAUUUGGCACAAUCUUAAAUAACAAAUAGUCAUUUAUAUCGAUUCGAAUAACACUGCCUAAAGAACGCAUAAAAUUACCAAAAAAUGUUUGAUUAAACAUUAUAACAUCAUUGAAGACUACGAUUAUGAUGCCCACUUCUUUUGAAGAAAUUAGGGUGAUUACAUCGUGAC